AUGGAGGUCGCGGCAGUAUCGUGUGGAUUGCCUCAAUGGAUCGACAUAAAUGGAACCAGAACCAGGACUUCCAUCAUUCAUACCAUUGUCGAUCGCAUUACCCUGAAAACUGGAAGAACUGUUGAGGACAAUGCCACUGCGGUACAUGAUGCUCCAGUCUAUGCAUUCUUCACGCACCACUAUAACUAUUGGAGACAUAAACUUGGUGUCAAAGAAGAAGACUGGAACUGGGGUCACUGGGGAGAAAACAUCACUUUUAAGACAGACGAGUAUAUGGAUGAGACCCAAUUCAAUUUGGGCGAUGUGUGGAAGGUCGGAGAUGAAGUACUUCUCCAGGUUUGUGGCGCUCGUGUCCCAUGCUUUAAGCUUGCCUGGAGAUGUGGUCAAAACGAUAAGUGGUUGAAAGAACUGGCUGAUACGGGAUUCUCUGGUGUGUACCUCCGUAUCAUCAAUGGAGGGAGCAUUGUACCAGGCGAUAGAGCAGAGCUCAUGCGCAAAGUCGACAGCAGCCCAACUGUUGCCCAAAUCAGUCAGUUGGCAUUUGAUACUCGCCUUGAGACCAAGAACACUCUGAACUUGAUGGUAAAAGAACCAGAUCUCCUACCGAUGAACAAAGGAGGGUUCUUACGCACGCUUUCAAGAUUUCACGACGAUGAGAUGUUGGGCAAGAAUCAUUGGAAGGGUUGGAGGACAUUUCGCGCUACUAAAGUCAUAAAACACAGCCACGACAUAAAAUCCUUCUACCUCCAACCUGUGGACAAAGAACCUUUAGGCACAUAUUUGCCAGGACAGUUCUUGACCGUUCGUUUACCCAAUGGCUUGUUGAGAAACUGGUCAAUAUCAGACUGGCCAGACCACGACGAUCCGAAAUAUUAUCGAUUGACCAUUAAAAACAUUGGCGAAACAUCAAAUUGGAUGCACACAAGGUGUACGUCUGAAACCAAAUUGUUUAUCAGAGCACCAGCUGGCCGCUUCACCCUCGAUUGGUCCCCAGUAUUUCCACUGCGACAAGUCUACAUUUCUGCGGGCAUAGGUGUCACACCAAUUGUUGCUAUGCUGAAAGCCCACUUAAAGCAUUACACCAUGCAAAGAGCACCUGCCGUAUGGAUUCAUGUUGCCCGGGAUGAAUCUGGAUUUCCUCAAGAGUUCUUAGCAGAAGUCCUUAGGGCAUACGACAACGAAUUACGAAAGAAAAAAAUCCUCGAGAUCCAUGUUGUAUACACAAAAGCUGCAGAUCCUAGUGUUGGUCAAGCUCAUGACGGCCCGACAAGUCGUCAGAGCAGAAGUCCAAUCGAAGACAGCAAUGUGAUGACACGGCUAGAAGAAGUUGAAGUCAACUCUGGCCUAGUCUCGAGUAGUGAUUCUUCGAGUGAAGUUGAGUUGAAAAAAUCCCCAAUUCUCUCGAGCACAGCCUCCUCCCUGGGAGACAGGUCACCCAACAUAGGCUCAAGCUCCUUGAGUGAUGUGUUAUCGUUUGAUGAAGACAACGCUACAAAUAACAUAUAUUCUCAGGGGACGGCGCUCGAAGAAAAGUUGCUAAAAGUCACACAUGGCCGUCGCGUUGGUAGGGACUUUCUCUCCAAUCUACUGUCUUCAACAUACUACUUCAAUCCGUUGCAAAUUACCCCGAUAGAAGUGCCUGGACCUUCGACAACAACUGUCUACAUCUGUGGGCCCUCCUCUUUCGAGGAAGACAUGAAAUCAUACCUCCGUGAUGUCGGCAUUCCUGAAUCUCUCCUACGUUCAGAGUCGUUCUCAUCCACUGAUAGUCUGGAAGCUGCUGCCACAUCCAUCUCCAAAUCAAGUGUCACUUUCAGAAAAUCGACUCUUACGGCUGACUGGCUUGCGCCAAAGACGGAAGGGCUCAUCGCUAGAUCACUAACAUUGUUGGAAUUUGCAGAGAGUCUGGGCUUGGAACCAAACUUUGGCUGUAGGGCUGGGCAGUGUGGUUCUUGCAGUGUCAAAUUGUUAAGCGGGAGAGUGCACGGUGGGUUGCAGCCGGAUGGUAGUGUGCUCAUGUGCCAGUCGCGGCCCGCAAGUGAAUUAUUGGAGUUGGAGCUGUAG